UAAUGGGGGCGAGAAUGAAGAUGUCAUUAAAUGGAUAAAUGACCAGAGUAAGUCAAAUAGGAUUAGGAAGAGGAAGUCAAAUAGGAUCCUCAAUAGAUAAUAAAGUAACUUCAAUCAUAAAAGAAGCCAUAUAGAAUGUAGAUAGGAAGAAUGAAUCCAAUUAAGUAAGUUAAAGUUAUAAUUAGAUUUAAACUAUAGAAAAAAUUCAAUUGAAAUAAUAAAAAGAAACUUAGGAUUAGUAAUAAAUGGAAUAAAAGGAAGAAGUCUAAUAAGAAUAAGAAUAAUAAUAAUAAUAAUAAUAAUAAUAAUCAAAUUAAGAUAAAAAGAAAUAGAAUCCAGAGAAAUCUAAUGCAAUAGCAAGAAAAAAAAUAAAAAAGAUUAAUAAAGAUUGA